ACAAAACAUUACCUGUACAUGUAGCAUAGAGUGAACAUCAUUAUAUAUGUAUUUUUACAUGGAGAACUAAUAGUGACACUGAAACAAGCCAUGAAAAUUAGUGAAGUUAGUACAAUGGCCAGUUCUUCAUAUCUGGUGGUGCUUUUUUGUGCAACAGCGGGCAAGAACGGUGAUGAACUUGGCGUGGACGAAGAACAAGUGGUGUUAUUUGUGUACCUUCUCUAUGAUGUACCAAACAAUAAGGUGAUUGCGGUACAGCAGCACUACGUGCGACCGACGCCUUCAGAGCUGUCGGAGACGGUCAUCACAGAGGAGUGUCGCCUGGAGACGGGCUUAGACGAAGAGGUCGUCAAGAAUGCACAUCCGCUGGACCACGCCUUAGACGAGUUUGACCGAUUCCUGGUUUCCAAGGGCGUGCAUCCGGAGCACGGCGGCAAGUCCUUCUGUCUGCUGACGGACGGCCCCACCCACAUCCGGCAAGUGCUCCAUCCGGAGUGCUCCAACAAAAAUGUCACAAUUCCCCCAUACUUCUUCUCAUACUACGACAUUAGAAAAGAAUUUGUGAAAUUUUACAAGGCGGAAAAUAUAGUGAACAUAAAGUCUAUGUUAGACUAUCUAGGUACACAGGAAGAUCAGUCUGUAGAUUACGGAAUACGGAAAUGUCAGGAUCUAGCAGCCAUUAUUCACAGAUUACUAGUCGAUGGACACGUGUUUGACGAGUCAGAAAUAGUCAAUGAAAGGCUCGAACCAGGAAUAUGCAGCAAGAGUGACGUCGUUGAUGACGAGGUGGUGGUACGGGCACGUGGGUUGCCAUGGCAAUCAUCAGACCAAGACAUCGCACGCUUCUUCAAGGGCCUCAACAUUGCCAAGGGUGGCGUAGCUCUUUGCCUGAGCCCCCAGGGUCGGCGUAAUGGGGAAGCGCUGGUGCGGUUUACGAACCAGGAGAUGCGCGACCUGGCCAUCCGGCGGCACAAGCACCACAUCGGUCAGCGGUAUAUCGAGGUCUACAAGGCCACCGGCAAGGAUUUCCUCAACGUCGCCGGAGGGAGUAACACUGAAGCACAGGCAUUUCUGUCUCGAGGAGGGGAAGUGAUUAUACGCAUGCGCGGUCUUCCAUUUACUGCAACCACACAACAAGUGAUGGAGUUUUUCGCGCGGGAGCCGACAACAUGCGAAGUGCUGGACGGCGAGGAGGGUAUUCUGUUUGUACAUUAUCCGGACGGCCGCUCAACCGGCGACGCCUUUGUCCUCAUGUCGACGGAGGAGGAGGCGGACAAGGCGCUCAAAAAACACCGCGACAUCAUGGGCACCCGCUACAUAGAGCUAUUUAAGUCAACCACCGCUGAGGUCCAACAGGUGUUAAACAGAAGUAUGGACCCACGAAACCCAGAGCCCCAGGAGAACCAGGUGGCGUUGCCGCCCCUGAUCGCCCAGCUGCCGCCACAGGCUGCCCUCCCAUACAUUCCACAGAAUCUCAUCACGAGCGGCCACAAACGCGAUUGCAUCCGACUGCGGAACCUACCCGGCGGCUCCCAGGUGACCGACAUUCUCUCCUUCUUGGGAGAAUUCUCGCAGUUCAUCCUUUAUCAGGGUGUACACAUGGUCUACAGUGCACAGGGUGAGGCGUCAGGAGAGGCGUUCAUCCAGAUGAGCUCAGAGGAGGCCGCUCAAAUCACCGCCAUCAACCGGAAUAGACGACAGAUAAUUUACGCGGGGAAGAAGCGCGUGAUCGAGGUGAUCCAGUGCUCGGGGGAGGACAUGAACCUCGUUCUGACGCACGGUAUUACGUCACCAACGCUGUCUCCCGUCACACCCAUUGCUCACCAAGCAGCCAUUCCAGCCAUCUCACACGCAUCGCUCGUCCAACGACAACUCAUCUCACCAGGUACAAUGCCAGGGACCACCGCCCUGCUGCCGUCCUUGCCCAGCCACGCCAACCCGCUUGCCACCUCCGCCUUUCAGAUGACACAGUUUCCGCAGCCGAUGUACGGCGCCCCGUUCCAGCAAGGGCUGUCUCCCUUUAUGACAGCUGGUGCCCGGCCCGGCAUGUUCCCACAGAUCAUCUACUGGUACCAGUCUCCGCAACUCUCACCCACACAGACGCUCUAUACUAACACACCGGCUUCUCCCCCCAUGGUCGUCAUGCGGGGUCUCCCCUUUAAUGUCUCGCUGCAAGAUAUAUUAAAUUUCUUUCAAGGAUUCCCCGAGGUAACACCAGAGAGUGUCCAAGUGCAAUACACGCCAGAGGGCGUGCCAAGUGGUGACGUAGCCAUUGUGUUCAUGUCACGUGCCGAAGCGGAGCGCGCGGUCAACGAAAAAAACAGACAGCUCGUGGGAAACAGAAUCGUCGAGCUAUUUUUAGCAUCAUAGUCAAAACCUUUUUUCAUAUUGGUCCAUAUUGCUGUUUAAAUUUAUGCCUAUAUAAAGUUAUUGAGGUAGAAGAGCAGUAGAAGGCCGUUAAUGGAACCAGCAUUACUUAUUUUGUUGGCAAAAUUCUUUCAUUCAUCCUGUCUCAAAAGAUUCACAGUGUUUUAUCAUAAAUGGCCAAGUUUUUACUAUAUAAUUUCGCAUUCGAUUUUAGAUGUCAAAUAGAUCUAAUGGUCGUUUACAUCUCUUCGUUUUAGUUUUGCUUUCUGUUUAAAAAAAUCUCAACAGACUUCCAUGACCAGGUCUGUUUCAGCUGUGCAUCAUAUUUGCCCAUUCAUCUGUGUAAAAUCUUAACUUUUAUGUAUUUUGUCUCAUUGUAUUUUUGCUUCUUAAUAAUUGAUGUUAUAUAUAUUAUAUGCAUGCAUAUGUAAUAUGUGUUGUAAUGAUAAGCAACUGUCAUUAUAGAUAUUUGUAUAGUUUUAUUUUUUGUUAAGUAUAAAUAUACAGCAUUUGUUGACAUUCUUGUAAAUUUUAUCAUAGAAUAGGUUUAUUUAGUAAAUCAUUCACUGAUCUAUUCACGCUGUAAAUAUAUUAUUUAAAUGCAUCACAUUUACAUAGGCAUUAACUUCUUAUGAAUACGCAUCCAUAUUUUUAUCAGCAAAUCAAAUGAGAAUAAGUUCUAGUCAAAACAUUGUUUAUUUUUUAAAUCAAAACAGACAUUAACCAAUAUGAUAAAUCCAGACAGAUUGUUUGUAUCUAUAGUGUGAUGGAUUGAAAUAUACUUUUUAUAUAACUAAAUGAGACACAUUUAAUGAUAGUGCAAAAAAGUAAUGAUAAUACAAUUUAUAAUAAUAAUAAUAAUAUGGAGAUGACGAAGCAGUUUUUUUAACAAAAGUUGUUUUAUAAACUUAUAGUGCCUUUUAUGUGUUCAAAGUGCUAUUUUAAGUGUUAAAUGUGUAUUUAAAUACACGUAACGUGCACCAGCUACGCAUUGAUAAAAGGCGUGCCUUUCUGUUGCCUCCAUGCAGGUCACAUUCCAGAAAGAAUGCCUAGUGUAGGGUAACCUAUUACCUGUAUAUUGUACAUACAAUUUGUGUAGAUACUUUUUCAAGGACUGCCUUUUAGCAGCAAAAUCAUUCGUCUUCCAAAAUAUUGUGUAGUAGAAUAGUUUUGUAGAGGAGUCUACAUUAUUUUUUAUCCCAUUUACCAAAUGUAUGUCUUCCUAAUUAGGUCUGAAUUGUUUUCUGUCCGUAUGAGAAGUACAGAGUUCUAUAUGCAAAACUAUAGCAAACAAUUGCUCAUUGAAAAUAUGCCAAUUUUUGACAUUCCAUGUUAUUGUUUAUUAUGGCUUCCACAAUGUGCCUUAUUUGUAAAAGUAUAUAUUACCAUCUCAACGGCAUCACCUUUAUACAGAAGGAGACUUGUUAGAUCUGUUGAAUUUCUGACUGGAAUGUAUGUAAUCUCAUGUUUUUUUGUAUAUAUAUAGUAUUGUUGUAACAAAUUAUGUUGUAUUGCAAAUCAAGGAAUUUUGUAUAUAUGUAUUGUUCCUUAAAACUGUGCAGGGUAUACUAACCAUAGCUUAAUAAUAACAACCUAUUUUACUACAUUUUUGCAGUUAUAGGGAUGGAAAUAAGUUUUUAAUAAUGCAUGAAAUUAGACAUUACAUCUGAGUGGAGGAAACUGUCUAUUCAAUGCAUACCCGUAAGUUUGACUAGAAUGACUUUUCUAAAAGAACGCCAUCACAAUUAACGUAUAUUCGUGGUAUUUCUAUAGCAAUAUAUUUCAUAUUUGCAGAGAGUAUGCAUUGAAUUCUGUGCAGCAGAUAACAUGACAUUUAACUGGUUCAGUGCAAUACGGUAUAGGGUAUAACUACUAAAAGCUAAGCCUCCGUUUUGUGAACGGUUCUGGUUUCAUUCUUCUACAGCUUUUCUGACACAUUUGAAACAGAUACAUGUGCGUUUCUCCGAAGGAUUUUACGUUUUUCUAAAUAUUAACAAUCUUUUUAAUAUUCGAACAUCUUAUUAACAGCAGUGUGUAUUUGUGUCAGGGAGGCUGGACAGAAUAUCUUUGCAGUCACAUAGAAGCUUUCGUCAUAUAUAUUCUUUUCUACUUUAGAGACAAAUGUAUUACCUAUUUCUUUCUUCAUACAUAAAUGUUUAGCGGGAAAAUAUUCGAAGAUAAGCCUUGCUUUUAUAUAUUAUAUGUUCUAUGCAAACAGCUCUGGGCAAACCAAUGUUCCAUUUAUAUAUAUAUAAAAACUAGUUCUUUAUAAUAAAACAUUAACUUCUUGAGAUGUUGUCAAAGAUAAACACCCAGAGCUGUCUGAUUAUUUUACUGAAUUUCAAAAACAAACCAUUCCUCACAAUUGUUUCUUUAUGUAGACUAUACCUUAGCUUCAUAAUAAAGAGUUCAGCAAUAAACAUUACAAUCGUAUUUGGUGGUGGUUACUGGGCGUGGCUCAAUCUAUUUGGUGACGGUUUUUGCUUUGUUUAUAAUAUUGUACAUGACCUUUUUUGGGCGAAGCGCCAAUGGGUGAUAGUUGGGCACGUGAGGGCGUUCUGCAGUCCUCAACACGGGUAUUAACACACGGUGUGUGAUAAAAAUUGCACGUUGUGAAAUCUACUCAUAAAACCGGAAAUAGGGAUAUUAAUAAAGUUUGUAUAAUCUCGGAAGGAUGGAAAUUACAUGUAAUGUUAACAUUCGAAACAGGGGUGGUUUUCCUAGCUUGUCUUUUAACAUGUAGAUAACUUAUAUUGGGAUAUGGUACUCGGGAGUAUUUUAAUAGUAUUUCGUUUUCAUGUGAUGUAAAUAUCAAUUAAUUUAAAGUGUUGUUAAAGUUUAAGAGUAUUUUAUACAAGUCUCAGACAUUGUAUUUUAUUUCUCAAAGAGUCUGUGAUAGAUGAAAUUAUUUAUUUUAAAAACACAGUCAUAUCUGACGAAGUUUUAUCGUAAAGUAUCAGUUGUUAUAUAUGUUGAGUGCUCUUGUACUUGUUUUAAGUAUUUUAAAACAUAUCAAUAAAUCAUGUUUGUCACUUC